AUGGUAUGGCUGAGGGAUGACCGCUAUGCUGUCAUCGGUGACAUGAUGGGCCAGAAUUCUGCAGUUCUCAGUGGAAUGAGCCUGUCCGAACUAAACAUGGUGGCUGUCGUGGACACUGCUCUGCACUAUUCCCCAAGAGGACGUAAAUUGUCAGAAGUGAACGUGAUUCCCCAACCCAUUUCUCAACAGUCUCUUCGAGUAGAGGGAACUUUUGAAGAGUUUAAAAUUUGCUGGAAUCCAGUGGACAAUGUGAAUUAUGGCCUAGUCUUCUAUGAGAUCAAGAUAAGAAACUUGAACAAAAAGGAUAUAACGAGAGAAACCAUAGAGCCGUUCUGGAUUUACGAGAGCCCAUAUGAACUAGUCCCCUACUCGCCUCUCUUUGUGAGUGUGCGUGCCCUGACCUACUGGGGAGCAUCGUCGUCUGCUAGAGCUCUGCUUCACUCUCCUCCCUCCAUCCCUUCACAGCCUACCAACCCUCGAGUUUUCGUCUCAUACAACAGAAAUCCUGUAGAAGAAGAUCAAGAAAUAAUAGCAGUGUUCCGUUGGGAUGCACCAGUUUCUCCUAAUGGUGUGAUCGUGAAGUAUCAAGUGUCGUUUUGGUUAGACAGCUCUGACCUCCAAGUCACAGAAUUGCCAGCCUCCACCAUGGAGUAUGUUGUCCCAGAGUUACCACCAAACUCAACUAUAUACUUCAAGGUGGCGGCGUGCACAGAUGUGGGGUGCAGCGUGUCAACGUCUCCAGUACUAGGAGACUCGGGUGUUGAGACGCCAGUACCUCGCUUGCUGCUCUCCACCAGCGACACGGUGCAGAUCACCGAUUACGACAAGAAAGAGAACCACACACUCUCACGCAGUGGUUCCGUCGUAGACAUUGCGUACUCGAGCCACGAUGACCGUGUCUACUGGAUAGAUGACAACAACCACCUGAUCACGUCCAACUUCUACACUUCUGACAAAACCAAACUGCUGAGUUUGAACAACUCAGCCCUGUGCCUCGCUGUGGACUGGGUCGGGCGGUUUCUCUACUGGGCCGAGCGCAGUCACACCGGCCACGGCUCUGUCCUGCACUCACUGGACCUCAACACUGAGCGGCACACCGAGCGUACUGUGCUGGUCCGCCCUGUGCCCAUCGUCAAGCUGCAGGUCUACCCUCUCAACAGUAUGUUGUACUGGGUGGAAGAAAGACUUCAUGGCAUCGGCAGUUUAAUGAAGAGCCAAACUGAUGGCUCUGGUAUUCGUCCUUUCUUCCCAACGAGCCUCACCAUUUCAAGGUGGACACGGAACGCCUGCAAUUGUCCGCAAGCUCCUGACGUCGGAGCUGCUAUCGCCAUCGACCAGUCAGUUCCUGCCAGCCCGCAGCUGCUGUACGUCGACGCCUGGACGCACCACAUCGUAGCCUCUGAUAUGGACGGCUGUUCCUGCACUAUGUUGGUUGACACUUCCACCGUUCCUGCGGCAGGUUUGCCGCCCACCUCCAUGACUGUGGACCAUCGCCUAGUGUACUGGUCAAACGCCACCGAAGGCCGGAUCUACUCUCUGAACAAAGAUCCCAGUCUAGUCAGCAGUGAACUAACAGCUAUCAAUGCCACAGGAGUGCGCAACAUCGCUGCUCUCGGCUCCCAUCUCCAGCCCUACCCUGAUGCUCACUGCCUGACGCCAAAGCUGACCCCUGAACCUGUCCAGAUGGUGAACCGCACAGAUCACUCCAUCACCCUACAACUUCCUGAGCCAGAGCGAGACAGAGAUUGUGGCAAUGUGUCAGUUGCCACUGUCCAGUUCACAGUGUAUUAUGGUUUAGCCAGCACAUCACCUUCGUGUCUCGAAGACCUUACCUACUGCAGCAAAGUGGAAAGUUUUGAUCAGCUGGUGAAAGUGGAUGGUCUCCAAGAGCUGACAGAUUAUACUUUCUUCCUGACAUUCAGCAACCACUACAGCGAGCUGCGCGGUGAUGAUGAGGCCAUCAGCCAGCCGGUUACAUACAGGACGUUUGCUGCAGAGCUGUCUCCUCCGCAGAACGUCUCCGUAGUGCCACUGAGCCCCACAGUGCUGCGGUUGAUGUGGAGUCCCUCGACCACAGAGUUUGUCAGCUACCAGGUUUUCUGGAGGAGAGAAGGCAUCGUCGAGGGGAAGCACCUGCAGAAUGAAGAUCUUGACAAGCUCAGAGCUGGUGAUGAGAAGCUCCUCCUGUGGGCAGAUAUGACAAACCUGAGCCCUGGCCAGGAGUAUGUGCUGUGGGUUCGAGCCAAGACAGAAUAUAACAACCAGUUCUUGGACAGUACAGAGAUAACGGCGGCUACCUACCCAGACCCUCAGCCCAUCUCUCUGGUUUCAGCAACCGCAAAUACACUUAACGUUUCCUGGGCUAAAUUCAAAGAACAGUCUUAUGUUUUGGCUGAAAUGGAAAGCUUCACAAUGAGGAGUCAGGAUUGGAUUCCGGUUCCUCUUGUGUUUUCAUCAGAUACUUUUGACUUCUUCUUGAUGGAAAAUUUGAUACCUAAGACGCAGUACUCGUUUCGUAUGAAGAUAGUGUUCACCAGCCUGUCUUCGCCUUAUAUUUGGCCUUCCGAUUACAGAUUUACUUUUGAAACUCUAGGUGACCGUCCAACCCGACCAGGGAUUCCAGUGCUGCACCAGUUGAGGGGAAACAUCAACCAGGUGGUGUGGAGUGAGCCGGCCAGAGAAAAUGGAGCAAAAGUGACCCUCUACUGGCUCGAAGGACGGACUGACGAAGGCGUUCGUGAGAAGAGAGAGGCCAACUUGAGCUCAGCUGUAGAUCAUCUGGACUGGACCCUCUACUACAAUGGAUCCAAGCCCUAUUGGAUAAUGGCGGAGCUGAGUUCGUACACAAGGUACCAGUUUCGGGUGCGCGCACGGAACGUGUACGGGUGGAGCGAGUUCAGUGAACCGAGCGAGUGGUUCUCGCUCAACCAGGCUGCCCUGUUGCCUGAGCAGGAGCUGGGUGUGGUGGUCUGGGUGUUCACUCCGCUCGCAGUAUUGGCACUCAUCCUCACACUCAUGUGCCUCAUGUGUACUGUUGUUACAAAAAGAGAGAAAGAGAAGAAGACGCAACAAAUGUUAACCAUAAACACCAACAUAAUAAGAACUGGAAGUACGGAUGUUGAAUUAGCGAAUCUGCGGGAGCUCCCACGACGGGUGAACUUCAUCCAGAACUCCAACGCGUUGUAUACUGCCGCCGACUUCAUCCCCACCGACAGAGAGAUAGCGUUGUUGCCGCACAUCCGCAGAGACCACAUCACUCUGACAAAGUUCCUGGGCAGUGGAGCGUUCGGAGAGGUGUUUGAGGGCCGGGCCAAGAGCGUAGCGGAGUCGCCAGCGAUCGAAACCAGAGUUGCAGUCAAGACACUUCGAAAGGGUGCUUCACAACAAAUGAAACUGGAAUUUUUAAAAGAAGCCCAACUGAUGAGCAAUUUCAAGCACAAGAACAUUCUCCAGCUGUUGGGUGUUUGCUUGGACAAUGACCCCAACUUCAUCAUUAUGGAACUGAUGGAAGGUGGAGAUCUGCUUGCAUAUCUGCGUUCUAAUCGCCCUCUAGUUGCCGUGGAGAACAGCCUUACACUGAUGGACUUGUUGUCGAUGUGCGUGGACGUGGCGCGUGGUUGCCGCUACCUGGAGGAGAUGCACUUUGUCCACCGAGACCUCGCCUGUAGAAACUGCCUAGUCUCCUCAACAGAUCCUCGUUCUCGGGUCGUCAAGAUCGGUGAUUUCGGACUGGCAAGAGACAUUUAUAAAAAUGAUUACUACAGAAAAGAAGGCGAAGGGCUUCUACCAGUCAGGUGGAUGGCCCCAGAGUCCCUGGUCGACGGGGUGUUCACCAGCCAGAGCGACGUGUGGGCGUUCGGUGUGCUACUGUGGGAGAUCAUGUCCUUGGGACAGCAGCCGUACCCGGCUCGGAACAACCUGGAGGUGCUGCACUACGUACGCAACGGUGGUAGACUUGGCUGCCCCCCCAACUGCUGCCAGCAGAUGUACGACUUAAUGCUGAGGUGUUGGAGUUUCAAUCCCGAAGAGAGGCCAAUGUUCAUUUAUUGUCUGGACGUUUUGAUGGAGCUGAAGAGGAAAACGGCAAAUGCCCAGUUACACAGAGCUCAACAGGGCCAAGAAACUAGUUUCAAGCAAGACGAAUGGAUAAAUGAAACGGAAGAAGUAAAUGCAGUCGAUACUGGAGGUACUCCCAAGUACUUAGAGUUGAUCUACGAUGAGGGUUACGAAGUGCCGAGGCCUCCGCCACAGACUGGUCAGGUCCAGACCUGCAGCGAUGAGGAAGUGACAAGUCUGGACAAGCUGUUACCUGCACCGGCCGUCAGCCCCUACACCAAUGUCAUCAAACAGCUGUCUACAGCGGACAAUUUCAGUGAAAACACGAUCAAUAGUGAGGACACCCUUAGGUAGUCCAGUUCCACUUAUAUUCCUUGUAGUGCAAUGAACUCUGGUGCCUAGAUUGUUUCCAAUCCACUGUUUUAGUUUUAUUUUGUAAAUAGCAUAUAAAUAUUGUGAAUAAAUGUUAUUUAUCUUGUAAAUUUUGUUGACUAAAAAUGAUUGAGGUUUGUAUGUUUUGUAUAUUGUCAGUUGCAUUUAUUGACAUUGUGUAGAUCGAAUAUGUAGUCGUUUUAUUUAUGACAUUGUUGAACUCGUUUUAAUGAAUUUAUAUUAUACAACUAAUGUAAAUAAAAUAAACUAGCUCUACAUUAGUAUUAAGUUUAAUCAGUAUUUUUAUAUUGUAAAAGAAUCUCAAUGUGAUAGCAAUACUUUCAAUAAAACUGCAACAAAAUAAAAUGGAAGGUUAAGAUUUAAAUAGUUUUAUAAAUAGCUUUAGAAGGCUGAUCUUUUAUAUGAAAACAGAAAAGGUUUUAUUUUAUGCAUUUCCUGCAUUUUUUUACUUAAAAGAACAUGUUUGGAAAUAUCCUUAAUCUAUAAUAAUCUAAUUAAGUAUUUAUUGUAAUAUAAAGUACAAAUUAGCCAAGGACAAGUCUUUUGCCAUUGCAGAAAAAAUAGUACAAACUUUGUCCGAGCCAUUAUUAAAAAUGAACAAGGUAAAGUUUAGAUUAUAUGUAGUUACUUACAGCAAUGAUGAUUUCAGUGCCUUAUGAUUUGUGAAAAUUAUAUUUUGCUCAAAUGGAAAUAUAAUAACUUUUAAGAAAUUA